AUGGCAGCGUCCAAGUCGCGCCCAUCGUGGCUGUCGACAUUCUUCACGAUCAUUACCAUCCUUACCUUUUCUACGCCUUCAAAUGCCAUUUUUUUCUACAUAUUUGGCCAGGAGCCCAAAUGCUUCUAUGAAGAGCUACCGCAUGGAACUUUAGUUGUUGGAACAUAUAGCGCGGAGUCCUACAACGAUAAAAUUGGUCACUACGGUUCCGAUCCCUCUCUCGGCAUCACAAUUACCGUCGAUGAAACCUUUGACAACGAUCACCGUGUUGUUUCGCAACGUGGCGGCGAAAAGGGCAAAUUCACAUUCUCCGCAGCUGAUUCUGGUCUCCAUAAAAUCUGCUUCAAACCAGAACAUGGGUCGAAUUCCGGCUGGUUUUCUGGCGGCGCAGCAGUAAAAUUGACAAUUGACAUUGCUACUGGCGAGUCGAGUAAACUGGAAACUGAAGACAAGAGCAAGAUGGAAGAUAUGGCUCAGCGAGUGAAGAACCUCAACGCUCGGCUUCAAGAUAUUCGUCGCGAACAGAUUUUCCAAAGAGAACGAGAGGCGCAAUUCCGAGAUCAAUCCGAAACUACCAACUCGCGUGUCGUCCGCUGGACUCUAGUUCAGCUUGCUGUGCUGUCUAUCACUUGCUUCUGGCAGCUCUCCCAUCUUCGGUCGUUCUUCAUCAAACAAAAAUUGACAUGA